AGAAAAGAAGAAACUGAAGAAGCAAAGCAGAGUAGACCCGAUGCAUAGGAGGAAGGGAGGUGAAGUCACUCGAGCAACCUGUGGUCGACCGAUCCAGCCAUGGGACACCCUUCAAUCUACUCCAGAGAGGAUGGUGCGAAAUCUCCAAGACGCGGCGGCAGAGAUCCAGGUCGACGGAUCGAUUCGAAACCAAAGAAACAGAGCAAGAAAAACAGAGAAACCAAACAAAGCAAGAAGCCAAGGAAACAGAGCAAGAAAAACAGAGCGAAACCUAGAACCUACGUUCUUCGAGGAACCCAAGAACCCAGAACUGGGUUCUUCACGAAACCCAGAUCUGGGUUCCUCACGAAACCCAGAACCCAGAACUAAGUUCCUCAAGGAACUGGGUUCCUCAAGGAACUGGGUUCCUCAAGGAACUGGGUUCCUCAAGAAACCUAGCACCGUCUGGGUUCCAGGAAGAACAAAGAUGAAUAGGCGAAGAUCAGAUCUGGGCGACGGCCGCCAGAUCUGGGAAUUCCAGCGUGCAGCUCGGCACCCGAAGGGCCUAGUCGUCGAGAGACCUCAUGGGGUCAUCGGAGCAGGGAACAGGCCGGCUCCAUCGGGCUUGAGCAGCCGGAGAACCCAGCGGCUCAAGCAGCAAAACUCGGAAGCCCAAGGCUUCCGAGCACAAAAACAACGGGAUGCCGGAGAAGAUGAUCAGAAGCCGGAGAACCCAGAUCUGGAGAGGAAGAAGAAGAGGGGAAGAGAGGAGAAAGAGAAAGAAUAAGAAAAGUUAAAAAAAGUCAUGUGGACCCCAUUAAAAGGGAAAGUUUAAA